AUGUAUUCCAAGACCAUCAGCAAUCAUCAGGCGAAUAAGGAGCACGUGCUCGCCGUGUCCCGGGAUUUCGUCGCGCAGCCUCGUCUCACUUAUAAAACAGUAUCUGGAGUAAAUGGUCCAUUAGUGAUAUUGGAUGAAGUAAAAUUUCCAAAGUUUGCUGAAAUUGUACAAUUGAAGCUCGCUGAUGGCUCCCUACGUUCCGGUCAAGUUUUGGAGGUCUCUGGCUCCAAAGCGGUGGUCCAAGUUUUCGAGGGUACAUCUGGCAUUGAUGCAAAGAACACUCACUGUGAAUUCACUGGUGACAUUCUGCGAACCCCGGUGUCCGAGGAUAUGUUGGGCCGUGUUUUCAAUGGCUCGGGAAAACCGAUUGAUAAGGGACCACCUAUCCUUGCAGAGGAUUAUUUGGACAUUCAAGGACAGCCUAUUAAUCCGUGGUCUCGUAUCUACCCAGAGGAAAUGAUUCAAACUGGAAUAUCAGCCAUUGACGUUAUGAACUCUAUUGCUCGUGGCCAAAAGAUUCCCAUCUUCUCCGCUGCUGGUCUGCCGCAUAACGAAAUUGCCGCGCAAAUCUGUCGUCAAGCAGGUCUUGUAAAAUUGCCUGGUAAAUCAGUUCUCGAUUCUCAUGAGGACAACUUUGCCAUCGUGUUCGCAGCUAUGGGUGUCAAUAUGGAGACUGCACGUUUUUUCAAACAGGACUUCGAAGAGAAUGGCUCUAUGGAGAAUGUGUGCCUGUUUUUGAAUCUGGCCAACGAUCCGACGAUCGAGAGAAUCAUCACGCCUCGUCUUGCCCUAACGGCGGCCGAAUUUCUGGCGUAUCAAUGUGAGAAACAUGUGCUAGUUAUUCUCACGGAUAUGUCCUCAUAUGCUGAGGCGUUGCGUGAGGUCUCAGCCGCUCGUGAAGAGGUACCAGGUAGACGUGGUUUCCCUGGCUAUAUGUACACCGAUCUCGCCACGAUCUACGAGCGUGCCGGCCGUGUGGAGGGACGCAAUGGCUCCAUCACGCAAAUCCCAAUUCUUACUAUGCCGAACGAUGAUAUCACUCACCCAAUUCCCGAUCUUACCGGAUAUAUCACUGAGGGCCAAAUCUACGUCGAUCGUCAGCUGUACAAUAGGCAGAUCUAUCCACCCGUGAAUGUGUUGCCGUCUUUGUCGCGUCUUAUGAAAUCCGCCAUUGGCGAGGGUAUGACACGAAAGGAUCACUCCGAUGUGUCCAAUCAAUUGUAUGCGUGUUACGCUAUUGGAAAAGACGUCCAGGCGAUGAAAGCCGUCGUCGGAGAAGAGGCGUUGACGCCAGAUGAUCUGUUAUACUUGGAAUUCCUAUCGAAGUUUGAGAAAAACUUUAUCUCGCAAGGCAGCUACGAAAAUCGCACGGUCUUUGAAUCAUUGGACAUUGGCUGGCAGCUUUUGCGAAUCUUCCCUAAGGAGAUGCUUAAGCGAAUCCCAGCCAGUACCCUCGCGGAAUUCUAUCCGAGAGAUUCCCGACAUUAAUCGUUUUAUUUCUUUCGCCUUAAGCGUAAGCUUAUUUUAAUGGAAUUGCGCGUACGUCCGAUUUAUCUUCUCUUCGACAUUAAAACACUCCUGUAUCUGCAAAAAAGAUCGAUGUAACGUGAUAAGAGAAUGAUUAAAGAGAAUAGUAAAAUGGUAUAUACGUUAUCAGAUAAUAAAGGAAAAAAGGAAGGAGUAACGCGCCUUUGUUGCAGAUUAAAAAAUAUUAACGUUACAAGCUUACAGGAUCGUAUAUCGUUUUUGAUGUUGUGCAAUGAGAGUGUAAAAUGGAUAGUAAUGAUAUUAAUAUAUAAAGUAAAGAAAAAUUACAAACAAUUUAUGAGCUUGCAUGUGAAAGUUGCAAGUUGCAGAUCCAAGGUUAUCUCUGAUAUGUUAUCUCUGGAAUCUAUUAUAUUAUAAACUCUGAAUAUAAUAUUGUUUCAAUAUUUGAGGAUGUAUUUUGCUUUAGAGCUACUGCUCACUCACGCCAAGCAAUUAUUGUAAAGUGUAAUAUAUCUUACAGUAUUAACGUAGACGAAAAGCAUAGAGGAAUCCUUGAUUACAUUGUAUUUGUGCAUUCCCAACAUUCCACAACGAAAUUCACAUGUAUAAGAUUCUUUGCGUUUGAAUCAAUCUGAAGGAAAGAUGUUUAACACAAUAUGUACAGUUAUCUCUAGAGAAUGUUUUGAGCGAAAUAUCGUCGUGUAUUGUCUUGUAAAAGACAGACCUGUAUAUGUUAGAAAUAGAGAAUUAAAGGAGAAUUGUUGUCUUUAAAA